AGUAGUUCUUAUCAACCGUACCCACGCACAAUCCUUUUCAAGCAGACGCCACUCUCCAUCUAAUCUAGGGUUUUAGGUUUUUGAAUCAAUGGUUUCCCUCGCAAUCUUCUUUGUCCCUUGAAUCCGAAGCUUCUCCAGUUUUCACCUGAGCUCGUAAGAAUGCGAGAACGAAGACGAUACGGUGGUGAUGUCAGAGUUCAGUAUCCGUAUCGUCCAAGCAAUCGAGAGCGCAAUUUUGAAAGAAGCGGACGCUUCAACUCCUCUAAUUCUGUCCGUAAAGUGUCUGACCGGUUCGGCUCGACUAGUUGUAGAGAGGACUGCGGAACGAACGUCCGUUCUCUGUAUUCCCUCCGGACUUCAGGGUUGUCUCAGAAAAAGCCAGACCGUUAUGGGGGUCGUCGUUUAGUUGAAAAGACAGAGAGCAAGGAGCAGUUACAGAAACUCGCAGAGUUCAACCACUUAUUGUCAAGCCGUGGAUCGACUUCUAUGAAGUUCGAGUGGGAAAAUCUGUUGUCCAUGGAUACCACUAAGGUAGACGGUUACACUUCUAGUAUCCGUCAUAAAGACGAUAACCUAGAUAACGGGUUAUCCGGUUUGGGUCCGGACUGGGAAUAUAUUUCUCUACGAACAGGCAGGGGAACAACUCCGAAUGUUGGGGAUGGUGGUGGCGUCAUUGAUGAGAGCUUUUCCUCGCCGUUAAAGGGAAGCAAUGUUGGAGCAGGCUUACAUUUGGAUACACCAGAACCUAUGUCUGAUUCAAGGGCUGUUGUCUCCGGUUCUGAAACAAAAGGUUGGAGUUCAAUGGAUGAUUUUAGUAGUGGAUUUUAUGAUGAACCUUUAACAUGUACUGGGUAUGCCAAUCCUUUCACAGACUCUGAAUUGCGAGAACAGGGGUUGGAAUUGGCACGCUACAGGCAGUUGCACUGGAAUUCAAAUGCUGAUAUUGAUAUGCUCCAAGAGCAAAGAAUUGAGAGGGAGAAUAAGGCUACUCCACCCAUUGCCACAACUCCUCAAGCAACAGCUGCCACGGGGUACGCAUUAAUCAGAGAUAAUAAUGUGAGAGAAGGGAUCCUCCUGGACCCUCAUAGUUCCUUACCUGAACAUUACCGCGAGGCCAGCAGACAAUCAUCUCAUAUGGAGCAAGACCAACAAUAUGAGGACUUGGAUGGUAGGAUAUAUACAGGAGGUCAUGGCUAUGGAGACAAUGUAGCUUACGGGUCUUAUGAAGAUGGAUUGAUGAGGUUACAAGGGCUAGCGCAUCGUGAAAUUCAAUAUAAGACAAACAUGGAUGAUAGGAUUUGCAUAGGAGAUAAUGGUUAUGGAGGCGGUUCUUGUGAAGAGGGAUUGAUGAGGUUACAAGAGCCAGAGCAUGGGGAAAUUUUGUAUAAGAAUAUAGUUAGCCCUCAACACAUUAUUGAUUUGAAGCCUAUUAUGAGGCGUAAAUCAUCUCCUGAUUGGAAUGUAGCUUACGAGAUCAGCGACUUAGUUGAUGGAGAUGAACACUGGGGCGAUGGAUCUUUUGAACAAGUACCAAUAUCAAACAACUCAGGAGUUAGUUGUUCCCAUUUUGGGAUUGAAGGAAGCACACAUGAUUAUGAAAUGGUGACUCGUGGAAUCUAUAACUCUGCAGAGUUAUCACUAUCUUCAGAUUUGACAGGAGAAAUGCUUGGGCAUUGGCGCAAACAUAUCAAACUUUCAAAAUACAAAUGUAAAGAUGCGCGUGGUGCAUCCAAACAGACCUGUCAAACCUCCAGUAAAGAUAUAAAGAAGCGUUUGGGGCCUGCUGGAAUUACUCACGAAACAAAUCCUUGGCCUCUUCAGGAAAAACAUAAGAAUCAUCUUGGAGGAGACCUAAAGACUUCACCUAUUAAAGGUUUCAAUGACUCCACAAAAGUUAAGGUGAAAUUUGCAAAGACUGAGCCAUCUGAAGAGUCCGAGGAGUUCAGGCAGCUGGUGAAUGAAUGUUUUUUAAAGUCUGUCAAAGUUUUGAAUCAGGAUUCCUCACAACGAGCAAAAUUCAUGGAGCGAAGGGGAACUGGUACUUUAAGAUGCAGCAUAUGUGCCAGUGAUUCUAAAGAAUUUGUGGACACAUUAAGCUUGGCUACACAUGCUUUCAUGACUCGUAAGGUUGGCUCAAGAGCUGAGCACUUGGGUUUUCAUAAAGCGCUUUGUUUGCUGAUGGGAUGGAAAAGUGCGGUGGUUCAGGAAGGUCCUUGGGUUCGGCAGGUGUUGUCUGAUUCUGAAGCCAUAUUGCUGAAAGAAGAUCUCAUCAUUUGGCCUCCAGUUGUUGUAAUCCACAACAACUCCAUAGCAAACAAUAAUCCAGAUGAACACAUCAUUUUAAGUAUUCUCAGAGGUAUGGGAUUUGGGAAGGGGAUGACAAAGGUGUGUCGUGGGAGAGUUGCAAAUCAGAGUAUCAUGGUGGUGUGUUUCCACGGUACAUUUUCUGGGUUGCGAGAAGCAGAGAUGGUUCACAAAUUCUUUGCUGAUAAUAAGCGUGGAAGGGUUGAGUUCCAGCGUGGUGGUCAUAGUUGCUGCAACACCAGCAGUAGUGGUCAAACUCCAAGUUUGAAAGCAAAGAAGGUUCAAAGUGUUUUAUAUGGCUACGUGGGAAUCUCAACCGACCUGGAUAAACUUGAUUCUGAAACCAAGAAACGGUGUGUGGUAAGGAGCAAGAAGGAUAUACAGGCAAUUGUGGACGCCUCUCUCAAAGCUGAAUUACAGUACGAUCCAUGUUCCUCUAGGAAUUGAAGCGGAUCAGAUUUUUGGAUUUUGAAACUUGCGGAAUCACAGGUGCAAUGUCAUUUGUUAGCAAUGAAUGAACAUGGUAUGCCGUAUGCCCUCUCUUUUUUUGGAAAUAGACGCGAUGGGCCCGAAAGGCAUGGGCUAGGAGGUUGAGUCAGUUCUGGGUUUUGUCAGUGUACGUUGGCUGGCUUGGGUUUUUGUUGGGCUGGCGUCUGUUAGGUAGUCGGCUGGUAAACAGCAGUAGUAACAUAUGGGGGGCAUUGUUGGGCUUUUGAGAAUGAGCCCAACUUUAUUUACUGAGCUCAUCAGUAUUUUUUUUCCGUAAUGUCUGAGUCUGUUGGUUUGAAGGACAAUGUUAGAGGUUCUC